UGUAGGAUGGAGUACAAGGCAAAUAUGCAUACGGGGGGGUGACAUGGAAACCGGGUACGUACAAGUUCGAGGCUACGGAGACGUGAUGGAGACGUCGCAUGCGUUUGGAAAUACGGCGAUCAGCGCCGCGGUCCUCCAGCCAAAACGCGCAUCGCGCAUUGCCUACGGCUCCGGCGAACAUUCUGUUGUGAAUCUCCGUCUGGCGCGGUACUCGAAUAGGAGUAACUUUUACCUUGUUAACAGAUCAUCGCUAUCGCUCAAAGGCGAUUCGAAUAAAAUAUCCCGUCAGAAACAGAAGAGAGAACUGUACGUUCGUUCGACUACCUAACAAAGUGCGGUACGACGUUGUCCGAUAAAUUUCUCAUCUGAGUAAGCAAAUUUAUCCAACUUCCGAAGCUAUUUUUGGAAUGAAACAGACUCGAUUUCGUAAUGGGAUAACAGAAAGAAUUGAUCUUGUUAUUUGAUAUUCAAAAGGCGACGAUCUGGAUAAUUAAUUAUUUUUGUUGAGAAGGGGGCGAGAAAAGGUACUCGAUUUAAAAUCGGUCCAAGAAGUCUCCCACAUGUGCGACCGCCCCGUACGGUCUCUUUCAUUUCCUGCACAGUCUUCUGUCAAGAUAUUUACCAUCGUUGGAAUCGAGGAACCGAUACGUUGAAAUCAAACGACAUAGAGAUUCAAAGUCGAGCAGCGUCGAUUCACUGAAACACAAAGUUUUGUCCCAGCGAUUAAACUUUUCUUCGAAAUCACACCGCUCCUCCGGACAACGUUAUUACGGUGCAAAGUUCAGAGUGCGAGGAGUCAUCGAGUGGUAACGUUUGGAAUCCUAUCACCUUCCGUGAUCAGAAGUGUCGAGGGUGCUGAACCGGUCGAACUGAAUAUAGUAGACGCACGGCGAGGAUAAAAUAAAAAGUACGAAAUUAAAUAAACAUCAAUUAAGAGCGCUCAUUUAGCGUGGAAUUCUACAGGUUGUUUUUCCCGUUGUCACAUCAGCCGCUCAGAUGAUCAGAAGCUAACGCGUUUCUAAUAUUAGCAACGGGCGUAUAAGACAAAGUCCGAUCAUUAUUCAUCCGUCAGUGUAAUUUGUGUGUUGUGGCUAAUAUUUAUAACCGUCUCAUUAUUAUAUCGAUAGAAAAAACAGGGUCAAGAUUUUCUAUUGAUAAACCGUUGAAGAACAGUUAACAAUACGUACUUCACUCGCUCAGCCUUUAAUAAAAGACGUUGGGAUUCCGUGGCGAUCCGAAGGGCACACACGAUCGCUACAGAGUUAGCAUUUCUCCUGAUAAAAUAAUAUCGAUUUUUUCGAAAUAUUUUUGACUCAGAAAAUCGCAGAUUUUGUACCGUGAAGCAGGUAGUGCGAGAAUAUAUGUGCUAAUGAAAUGUUUGUUCACAAAAGAAAGAAAAAAGAAAUCGAUCUGAUCGAAGAACUAUUUUAAAAAAGUUCGGAAGUUAAUCUUCGAGGAUAAACAGAUCAGACUGCUACGAUGAAAGUAAAGAUAAUUAAAACGCACGUAUUCAGCCGCAGUGAAUCAGAAAUAAUAAAGUUUUUAUCAAUAAGUGUGAAAUCCAGUGCAAAUUGAGUAUCGCCGAAGAUAACAUUGUGAUCGCGCCGAUGGUUACGUGAAAUUAGCGGUGACACGCUAAUCGGCGACCUGUUUAAUCGUUUCCAACGUAAGGACUUUUAUCUAACGCGAAACAGCCCUUGGUUGCCGAGGUGGAAUUAACCUCGGAAAUUAUGGCCCAUUCCGAGUCCCCGGAGUAACCGCGCCGCUUCGAUGGGAGUUGAGAUUUCUGAAUUCACGAGGACGUAGCAUGAACGUUUCCUGGUCGGCGGAAGACGGCGGGCCCGAUGGGGCCUGGCCCUCGAGAUUCAACUCUACUUUUUGGACCUACGAGAACGAAUCCGGCUACGACGAAUACGAUGAUCUUUACGAUGUACCUGCCGGACUCAUAGCCUUGUUGAGCGUCUGUUACGGGAGUAUAUCCGUUUUGGCUGUCGUCGGAAACGCUUUGGUGAUGUGGAUCGUAGCAACGUCCAGACGAAUGCAGAGCGUAACAAAUUGUUUCAUAGCCAAUCUCGCCUUAGCCGACAUAGUCAUUGGUCUUUUCGCGAUUCCGUUUCAGUUUCAGGCGGCGUUACUGCAGAGAUGGAACCUUCCGUAUUUCAUGUGCGCAUUUUGUCCAUUCGUACAAGUUCUCUCCGUAAAUGUUUCGGUAUUUACGUUAACGGCAAUCGCUGUCGACCGACACCGUGCGAUCCUCAAACCCCUGAGCGCAAGACCGAGUAAACUCAGAGCGAAAAUCAUAAUCGCUGGUAUCUGGCUUCUGGGGGGUGCUCUCGCUGCUCCAAUGGCCGCUGCUCUCCGGGUGGUUAUGGAACCGGAAAGUGCUGGGGCUGGACGAUUUCGUUUGAAACCAUUCUGCCGAAAUGAAAAUAUGUCGGACAAAUCUAUGCUCAUGUACAGAGCGUUGCUUGGAAUUCUUCAAUACUUGACACCGUUGGCCGUUAUUUCAUUCGUCUACGCUCGCAUGGCGUUGAGACUUUGGGGUAGCAGAGCGCCGGGAAACGCGCAAGAUUCUCGCGACGCCAAUCUUAUGAAGAAUAAGAAAAAGGUGAUCAAGAUGCUGGUAAUCGUGGUAGCUCUGUUCGCCGUAUGUUGGCUACCCCUGCAGACCUAUAACGUUCUUCAGUACACGUACCCGGAAAUUAACGAGUACAGAUACAUCAACAUAAUAUGGUUCUGUUGCGAUUGGCUGGCCAUGUCGAACAGCUGUUACAACCCCUUCAUCUACGGCAUUUACAACGAAAAAUUUAAGAGGGAGUUCCAGCAGAGAUGUCCGUUCAGAUCCCGAAAAUGGUCGGCUAGUCCACCCACGGAUAGCCUCGACCUUGAUAAAACUCAAUCUACGAGGGCGUCCAUCAGGUAUAUCCUCAGACUUUUUUUCACAAGGUACGAUUGGCGACGACCCGCGUCGGGCGGAUGCCCGGCGGCAGCUUCAUUUUACCGAGGGGUUUCCGUAAGAGGACCACCCCGUUUACCAGCCAACGGAAUUGACGCGGCAACUAGAAGUCUGACGUCAACUAGCUGUUGUAUCCGUAACGGAAAUGGGACCCUCGGCAAUGUUCCCAAAUCCCCGAACAACGGCACUGAACUUUACGUCUUCGCUUCCGGAAGGCACAAGCACACGAACGACCUCAACUCGAGGGAACUAUGUCUCUAAUUCACCCCUAGUUAGUUAAAACAACGCCCCAAAUUCUAACACCAGCAGCAUCAUUUACUUCGUAUUAGUAUCAUUCUCGUUGAAAUUCUAGAUGCGAUGCUCAUGCGGAGAGAUUGAUCUUCAACGAACCUACAUAGGAUAUCUGUCGACAAUUUUUAACACGUGUUAGUCAUUUGAUUGUAUAAAAGAACAUUGAUCAAUAUUGAUUAUUUUAAUAGAAAAGAAGCUCUAAUUUAUUCUAUUUUUAUCAUAUUUCGAAUAGGACCUAUAUAUCGAUGGAGUUAGAGGUGAAAUUUUAAUCCAAAUUAGAAAUUGAUGUGCGGUUAGAGUCCACCUCCAUAUAAUACCAAAUUUUUGAAAAGUUAAAAAACAUGUAGAUAUAAGAAAGGCAAUAGAAUAACUAUCUGUUGCAGACUACAACUCUCGAUAAGACAAAGAAAAAAAAAAAUAUUAAACAUUAUAAAACGAUGAAUUAAUUUGAUUAGAAUAGGUAUUAAAAUUGUUGUUGUAAUUAUGAAAUAAUGGUCGCCAAUCUGUGUAAUGUACGACUGACGUAUGGGUGUUGCUUGUAUUUAUAUGAUGGGUAUGGCUCAAAGAACCGGAAUUUAGGAAAACUAGCAUUUCCUUUGUCAAAGUUGCUGGCUGUGCGAAGGAGUAUUGAAACUUUCUGCUGAUCUGGUAAUUCUUCAUUCUUACAGGUAAUUCACCCCCCCCCCCCCCCUUUUUUCUGUGAGAGGCCAAUUUUCCGCGAUCGAACAAAAAGAGAAAAGAAGAGAACCGUAAUAAUUUCGGCACUAAAUCUUACGACAGUCAAAGAGCUUUUUCAUUAGAUUUGAGAUCGUCUCGUGGAUCGUCAUAAUAUGUGCAAGGAUUUGUAGUGUAUAUAGGACAGUAAAACAGGCUGUGAAAUUAAAAAAAUUUCUAUCGUUUCCCGUGACCGAAUAUCAAUUUUUUUUUUUUAUGUAUAUUGAGACCGAUUAACACCUUAACCUACAUAUUGGGGGGUAAAAAUGAUCAUCCGUUCUCAGCUGUUGAUCGAAGUCGAUUAGCUGAAUGAACAGUUAAAACCGAAGUGGUACCAUCGAUCGCUUUAGUGGCUAUAUUUAUACCAAUUGCAGCUCGAAGGUUAUCUCGAGUUCUUCAUUGAAGAAUGUAUUCAAUGGAAUGAAAUAAACUGGGUCGAACUCGUUACGUUCUUUUGUACGGGGGCGAUUGGAAGGAAAGUGAAAAAAGCAUUUGGAAAAGGUCGUCGGAGAAUUACACGGUUUUAUGAAAGGAUCGCGGUUUAAUUAAUAAAAUAUGAGAGCUUGAAAUCGAGUGAAGUGAAAAUGACUCAAAUUCGCUUAAACUAGCUUGAAAUUAAUUCUAGUAUGUUUAUAAGUGACUCCUGAAGCUAGCCACUUAAUUAGCUUUAAAUUGUCACGUGUGUUGUAUAUACAUGUAUGUAAAAUUAUUACACAACGUGUAAAUUACUAUUUUUCAGAAUUGAAAAACUCUAGUCACUGUAAGAACAACAUGAUAGGGGAAAGAGGCGUUUAAAACUGUGAAUGUUUUAACAUUUAGAUAUCGAAUUUUUAGCCUAACUUAAUAAUAGCGGAAUUAUAAAUUUUCACCUUACGACUUUGAAGAGCCAACUGCGAAUUCGAACCACAAGUUUGGGCGUUUUCGUAUCUCAAAAUCGCGCGGUAUGUAAAAUUUCCGAGUAGUAAUGCGGGUUGAAUUAAUUACUGUAAUAUAUGUCAUUCAACCCUGUAGAAGAUUAUUUUGUACUUUACAUUUAUGACAACGCGUGAAGUUAUCUAGCAGGAACGAGAAAAGAAUAUUAAAAAUUUAUUUCGAUGUACUUUAAUUUUUGUGAAUAUCAUUCCUUGUAAUAUUGUUUUUCUCUGUUGUCUCCCAUAUGAAUGUAUGAAAUAUAUUUACACGAAAUAAAAAAAAAAGAACAAACAAGCAAAAAACGUUACAUGUGACUCGAUAUAAAACGAGCUAAUUAUACCCGUGAAGGAAAAAUAAGUAGGAUUUUAAAAGUAGUCGAUAGCUUACGUAUUGUUUGUCAAAUAAUAAUAAUUAUAACUAUUCUUUAUAAACCUGUUCAGGAUAAUAUGAAUCGCGGUUUCCUCGUGUGGUACAAUUGUCGUGUACAUACUUUUUGCAGUGAACUUGCAAAAUUUAUAGAAAAAAUCUCAAAACCUCAAAUUUUGAUCCUGUAUAAAUAAUAUGCUGAGACAGUGAACAGCUCAUAUUUCGUUAUAAAUAAAUGAUAUGAUACGUU